AUGGAGUAUGAAGAAAAGCAAGAAUCUGUUUCACCCAUGCCUGUUAUCCCGAGAUUGGAGCGCCUCAAUCGCCUGCUUCAGCUUCUGGAAGAGAAGCAAAACUUGUCAGGAAGCCAGUUCUCCAAUUCUGGUGUAAGAAAAAUGGAAGAAGACCGGUGCAAAAAUCUGUCUACUGCUCUUGAGGAAGUUCAUUACAAAGGCACACUGAUGGAACGACUUGAAAUGCUUGAGAACCGAGUCUUACAGUUGAACCUUGUGAUGGAUGAAGGUAACACAUCGAGGAGUAGCUCUUCAACUGUUCUCAUUUCCAAAAAAUUUCAGCGUGGCUCAGCUUCACCCAUAUUAACAAAGCAGGAUGAGGAUGAAGUAGUCACUCUUCAAAAGAGGCUAGACCCCUUGUUAAUCCAUGUAAGUUUUAGGUUUGAAUUUGAAGCUAGACACUCUUUUGUAAGUAGCUCUUCAACUGUUCUCAUUUCCGAAAAAUUUCAGCGUGGCUCAGCUUCACCCAUAUUAACAAAGCAGGAUGAGGAUGAAGUAGUCACUCUUCAAAAGAGGCUAGACCCCUUGUUAAUCCAUGUAAGUUUUAGGUUUGAAUUUGAAGCUAGACACUCUUUUGUAAGUAGCUCUUCAACUGUUCUCAUUUCCGAAAAAUUUCAGCGUGGCUCAGCUUCACCCAUAUUAACAAAGCAGGAUGAGGAUGAAGUAGUCACUCUUCAAAAGAGGCUAGACCCCUUGUUAAUCCAUGUAAGUUUUAGGUUUGAAUUUGAAGCUAGACACUCUUUUGUGCCACACUCUUUUGUAAGUAGCUCUUCAACUGUUCUCAUUUCCGAAAAAUUUCAGCGUGGCUCAGCUUCACCCAUAUUAACAAAGCAGGAUGAGGAUGAAGUAGUCACUCUUCAAAAGAGGCUAGACCCCUUGUUAAUCCAUGUAAGUUUUAGGUUUGAAUUUGAAGCUAGACACUCUUUUGUAAGUAGCUCUUCAACUGUUCUCAUUUCCGAAAAAUUUCAGCGUGGCUCAGCUUCACCCAUAUUAACAAAGCAGGAUGAGGAUGAAGUAGUCACUCUUCAAAAGAGGCUAGACCCCUUGUUAAUCCAUGUAAGUUUUAGGUUUGAAUUUGAAGCUAGACACUCUUUUGUGCCACACUCUUUUGUAAGUAGCUCUUCAACUGUUCUCAUUUCCGAAAAAUUUCAGCGUGGCUCAGCUUCACCCAUAUUAACAAAGCAGGAUGAGGAUGAAGUAGUCACUCUUCAAAAGAGGCUAGACCCCUUGUUAAUCCAUGUAAGUUUUAGGUUUGAAUUUGAAGCUAGACACUCUUUUGUGCCACACUCUUUUGUAAGUAGCUCUUCAACUGUUCUCAUUUCCGAAAAAUUUCAGCGUGGCUCAGCUUCACCCAUAUUAACAAAGCAGGAUGAGGAUGAAGUAGUCACUCUUCAAAAGAGGCUAGACCCCUUGUUAAUCCAUGUAAGUUUUAGGUUUGAAUUUGAAGCUAGACACUCUUUUGUAAGUAGCUCUUCAACUGUUCUCAUUUCCGAAAAAUUUCAGCGUGGCUCAGCUUCACCCAUAUUAACAAAGCAGGAUGAGGAUGAAGUAGUCACUCUUCAAAAGAGGCUAGACCCCUUGUUAAUCCAUGUAAGUUUUAGGUUUGAAUUUGAAGCUAGACACUCUUUUGUAAGUAGCUCUUCAACUGUUCUCAUUUCCGAAAAAUUUCAGCGUGGCUCAGCUUCACCCAUAUUAACAAAGCAGGAUGAGGAUGAAGUAGUCACUCUUCAAAAGAGGCUAGACCCCUUGUUAAUCCAUGAGGAAGCAUCUGCAGAAGCAAAUCUAACAAAACCAAAAGAUAAUCAAAAGAGCAGAAGACAGAAAGGAAAAGCCAACAGAAAAUGCCUUGGGUGGACUCGAAUGGGAUGUUAG